ACGUAACUUUAAACCACACUGUGACCAUUUGAUUUCACGCACAAGUGUAGCUGUUACAUUUUGCUGACUUACACUGCCCCCUGUUGGCAACAAAGCGCUACACUAGUAUGUGCGUUUUGGCGUAACCAAUGACAACCAGCACAAACUUUGCUAACAUCAGAAGAGCACCAGCUGAAGUGGUAGACGUGAUAUAUUGUUUUUAGAUAUAUAUUUGAUAAAACUGCUACGUAUUGUAAAAGUGAAAUGGACACUUCUGUGAUCCUGCCUGUGGAAGCAGAAGGUUUUAUCCAAAGCCUGCAUAUGUUCUCCCUCAAAGAAGUGGGCUCCACCAGGUGGUUCAAGCAGCACGAGUAUAUUGAGAAACUUAACAUGCAGGCUAUACUGAAUGCUUCUGCUGCGCACAAUGAGUUUGUCAAGGAGCUUCUUGUGUCACAUGGAAAGAUACCUCUCCUGGUCCAUGAGAUGAUCCUCGUCGAGGUGUGGAAACAGAAAGUGUUUCCCAUCUUAUGUCAGCUGAAAGAUUUCAAUCCCAAGAACACAUUUCAUCUUUACAUGGUGAUCCACCAUGAGGCCACAGUCAUAAACCUACUUGAAACUAUAAUGUUUCACAAGGAUUCGUGUGAUUCAGCAGAUGACUCUGUGCUGGAUUUGGUGGAUUACUGCCAUCGCAAACUCACCCUGCUGGUCAGUAAAAGGACUAGAGAGGGAACCACAGCUCCUGAGCCAGUCUGUCUGACUGCUUCUUCUCUGGAGGCAUUGCAGAUGCAGACUGCUGCACAGGAGUUUGAUAUCUCCCUAAAGGCUCUCUCUGUGCUGCGUUACAUCACUGACCACACUGACAGUAUCAGUGUGAUCAGUCGCAUACUUUGUACCCAUAAUCUGCCUUGUGUACUGGUUCAGCUGAUUGAAACCUGCCCUUGGAGUCGCUGCUCAAAAGGUGACGUAGAAAAAUACACAAAUGGCAGAUGGCAGAAGAUUCCUACAGAAGACCAUUUAAAGAUCACAAAACUGGAAGGUCAGGUUUGGAUUUCCCUUUAUAAUCUGUUACUGAAGGAGGACUGCCAAAGGAAAUAUGACUUCAACAAUUUCAACAAGAAUCAACUGCUAAAGCUCAGGAGUUUCUUGACAGAGGUUUUAAUCGAUCAGCUGCCAAUCUUGGAGGAACUGCGGCGGUUCUUGGCUCAUCUUGCAAUUACAGACACUGCCCCUCCCAAAAAAGAACUGGUCCUCGAACAGCUUCCAGAGAUACGGAAUCAUAUAAUGAGUCAGAAUUCUGGGAAGUGGAAGGCAAUUGCUAAAUUUCAAGUAAAGGAGAUGUUUAGCCUCUCUGAAGAUGAUCUGCGACUCCAAGCUCAGAGGUUGGCUCAGACGUACAGUUUGGAUGUGAUGGAGAAUUUGAUCCCUGAAAAGCCCAAGUGUGGAUCCUGUGGGAAAGAGGCUUCCAAAAGAUGCUCUCAGUGUCAAUUACAAUGGUACUGUCACAGGGAAUGCCAGGUGAACGACUGGCUGAGACACAAGAAAAUCUGCCAUGUGUAUGAGGCCACGGAGAAAAUCCAGAGGGAGCUGAACAUCAGCAGCUAAGACUCUCUGCUGAUGUGCACGUUUGGACAAUUUGGAGUUUCCGCUUCGUUUGAAUGAGAACACUGGAUU